UGCAUUGGACCCACCAUGACACCUACAGAAUUUAUGAGCCUUCUUCCUAAUAUGUCUGAUGACUACAACUAUGACUCCACAUCUUCUAUGGAUGACUACAUGAACUUCAAUUUCACUGACUUCUUCUGUAAGAAAAAAAACGUCAGGCAGUUUGCGAGCUACUUCCUCCCACCCCUGUACUGGCUCGUGUUCAUCGUGGGUGCCUUGGGCAAUAGUCUUGUCAUCCUUGUCUACUGGUACUGCACAAGGGUGAAGACUAUGACCGACAUGUUCCUUCUGAACUUGGCUAUUGCUGACCUUCUGUUUCUUGUCACUCUUCCCUUCUGGGCCAUUGCCGCUGCUGAUGAGUGGAAAUUCCAGACCUUCAUGUGCAAAGUGGUCAACAGCAUGUACAAGAUGAACUUCUACAGCUGUGUGCUGCUGAUCAUGUGCAUCAGUGUAGACAGGUACAUCGCCAUUGCCCAGGCCAUGAAAGCACAGACUUGGAGGCAGAAAAGGCUUCUGUACAGCAAAAUGGUUUGCUUUACCAUCUGGGUGCUGGCAGCUGCGCUCUGCAUUCCAGAAAUCCUGUACAGCCAAAUCAAUAGGGAAUCUGGUACUGCCGUCUGCACUAUGGUUUACUCUAAGGAUGAGAGUAGCAACCUGAAGUCAGUCGUCUUGACCCUGAAGGUCAUCCUGGGGUUCUUCCUUCCCUUUGUGGUCAUGGCUUGCUGUUAUACCAUCAUCAUUCACACUCUGAUCCAAGCCAAGAAGUCAUCCAAGCACAAGGCCCUGAAAGUGACCAUUACUGUCUUGACCGUCUUUGUCUUAUCUCAGUUCCCCUACAACUGCAUCUUGUUGGUGCAGACCAUUGAUGCCUACGCCAUGUUUAUCUCCAGCUGUGUCAUUUCCACCAACAUUGACAUCAGCUUCCAAGUCACUCAGACUGUUGCCUUCUUCCACAGUUGCCUGAACCCAGUUCUCUAUGUCUUUGUGGGUGAGAGAUUCCGCCGGGAUCUUGUGAAGACCCUGAAGAACUUGGGUUGCAUUAGCCAGGCCCAGUGGGUUUCAUUUACAAGGAGAGAGGGAAGCUUGAAGUUGUCGUCUAUGCUGCUGGAGACAACCUCAGGAGCACUUUCUCUCUGAGGGACCUUUCUGAGGGGCAUGGCUCUUUUGGAAGUAAUG